CGUCUUAUCUCAAGGAUCUGGCGAUAAAGGGUAGGCAAAUUUACCCAUCUCCAACCCCUUUGUCGAUUGUUCAAAGACGGAACCGGGCGGGGUGAUAGAAACCCACUCCGAUCGUUGUCCUCAUGUCACGAUAUCUUUUGUCUCAUCUAUCGUUCUUUGCGAUGUGGUUAGGGGAUGAGCUAAGUUUAGCACAAAGGGUAGGGGGCUAAGGACAUAGUUGUAAGACUUCUGCGCCACGAGAUUUGCCGCAUCAGAGGACAAUGAGAGCUGGUAAAGGGGGGCAUUCCAUAGUAACGGAUUCGAGUCCUACUUUGCUAGCUUGGGAUGAUUUCGGACGAUUUUUUGGCCCAUAUCGAGUUCCUGAUCACUCGAUUUUUCGCUCGUAAUUAUGUAUUCCGAGCUGAGGGAUGACCAUCGCGAACCCCGGCAACUCGACAUGCCACUUAUCAGCAUUCCAACAGAGACUGCCAACACUUUUGUCGUUCGUCCUGGCGAGCAGCCGCCGUCUCUCACAACGGUAAGUGUUCCGGGCACGACUGGAUUUGUGUUGGGGGUCGACACCUGCGGAUUCACCACAUCUAGCACAAUCACCUGUGAGUUCGGAUACGAGUGCACUAACGUGGGAGAUUAUCGCGGUUGUUGCUCACCUGGAGCGAACGACUGCGUCUCCACGAUAUAUACCGACUGUAUCGAUUAUACGGACUCUCCCAGCAACCUAGAUGAAUGUGGAUCGCACACGCUAUGUUGCUCGGAGGCAAACCCGUACUGCUUCACUUAUGCGUUUACAACGGAUAGUGACCCUAGUAUCACAUUUAGACAUGUCGAAUGUGACCCUUCCCCUGGAUUCGGGGAGAUGUUUCCUUUCCCACCAGAGCUAAUGACUCUAUCAUCGGAAACGUCGCCAACCAGCACGAAUUCAUCGUCUAGCUCACUCGCUACGCAGCCUCAGGACGACUCAUCCUCACAUGGUUCAACCUCCGCGGGGGCAAUAGCAGGUGCCGUAGUUGGGGGUAUUGUAUUUCUAAUUCUUAUGGUCACAGCUGCAGUACUUGUGCUGCGCCGUCACCGCCGUCGGACGACUCGCCGCGACGCCAGUGGACCUCCAGUUCCUCCAAAGACGGCCACAACCUCGUCUAACGCCUCACCGGCCAGAGAAAAAGAGCCCGCACGGGGGGUGGCAGCAUCAACGGUGAUGAUCAAAAAGCCAACACCCAGGAAAGUCCUACGCCCCUUGUCCGUCGUCCAUGAACAUCCGGCUGCCGCUGCCUCAUCGCCUACGCGCGACAAACACAAAUCGACAAUGCCAUCAGCACGUCAGAGCUUCGGACCCAACUGGCCACUCGGAUCCAACAGCAAUCCACUCGGCGCUCACCCCGUCGACGCGAAUCUACGGAAGCGUUUAAGUGACAGUCGACUCAGCGCCAGCACGCAAAGUCUGAGUCCCAGCACAGAAAAACGGCAAGUUCAACAACAAAAGACAUCGCCACACGUACCUUUCACAAGACCUCUACCGCCACCACCAGGCACCAAACCAGCGACAGUAACACCCAGGUCCCCGCGCACCUCAGGCAACACCAACACAACACCGACGAGCGCGACGGCAAUGCUGCAGAGCCCACGGUUAAGCUACAUUCCCGUGUCACCAAUCGAAACCGUCGCAUUCGGUGGGAAGCGCCGGGAUGGUUUCAACGCUAACAACCCAGACCCAGUGUCACCGAUCGAAAGCGAUGAGGGGGUCGAGCAGAGGCUCAGCUACGUGUCAGUGCCCAGCGCACCUGGCGAGCCAGAGCUCGAUGACUUGGUAUCUCCUAUUAGCGCGGAUGAAGUGCGACGAGGUGUUAGCGAGGAUGGAAGUGCGAAUAGCUUGGCGACGGUCAGCCCGAUUGAGAGCCGUCGGGGGAGCACAGGGUUCACUUAAGGGGUGUUUCUUGCGACAUAAAUAUGAUACUGUGUAUUACCAGGUAAAAUACUAUUAUCAUGGUAAUUUUUCAAUAGAUAUGGAAAUUUUUAAAACUAGGAGAGUAUUUUGUGGAUAGCUGCUGUCAAACAUUCGGUAGCAU